AUGGGGUUGAGAUAUGUGGCGUUUAUGGUUGCUAUUGAAGAGAAAUGUGACUCAUCAGACAGUGAAUCAGUUGAAAACAGAAAUGAAGACUCAUCAGAAGCAGAGGCAACUCUGAUAGGAAUGUCGUCUGAGAGUGAAGAAGAAGAUGAUUCAUUGAUUGAUGUUGAACCGGAGUUUCGUAAGUUGUAUGACAGUUGGUUGCUAUUUGGUAAAGAAAAGCUUUCAUGGAUUGAAGAAAAAAUAGCUUUACAAUGUCAGAACAAGGAUCUGCGAGAUGCUCUAAAAUCUGAGGAAGAUAAGAACAAUCUUCUCACUCAGAAGCUAGCAGAAACCAAAAAGAAGAUUCUCAUGUUGAAUAGUGGAACUAAGGACUUAGACAAAAUCCUUUCCAUAGGCAGAGUUGGGAAGAGUAAUUUUGGUUUGGGUUAUCGUGGAGGAGAAGCCAGUGGGAAGACAAAGU